AUGGGCUUCACUGCCGCCGGGAAUGGCAUCAGCGGUCAUUACCAGGGAACUUCCCUGGGCAUGCAGAUCACGAUCGCAACCCUUGCUGGUGUCACUUGGUACAAUUCCUUCGAGCUAAUGAUUCUCCUCUUCGUCACCUUCGCGGAAUACCGGGGUCUCUACUUUUGGAGUUUAUUUAUUUCCUCCGCUGGUCUACUUCCAUACUCGUUGGGCUUCUUGCUCAAAUUCUUCAAACUCACCGACGACAUUAAAUGGUUCCCUGUCACCUUGCUCACAAUUGGAUGGUGGACCAUGGUGACCGGCCAGUCUGUUGUCCUGUACUCACGCCUACACUUGGUCCUAUCAAACCAGCGAGUCCUGCGUCGCGUGUUGAUUAUGAUCGUGGUUAACGCAAUCAUCCUCCAUUUACCCACUACCGCCCUCACCUACGGUACCAACGUGGCCAACAACACCUCCCUGUGGACAAAAGCCUACAACAUAAUGGAAAAGAUCCAAAUGACAGGCUUUUGUCUGCAGGAAUUCAUCAUCUCAGGGUUAUACAUCUGGGAAACGGUACGCAUGCUACGCUUAGACCCGGACCGUACCAAGCGCAAGAUUCAGUACCAACUACUGACGAUCAACUUCAUCAUCAUCAUUCUGGACCUGGGCCUGCUCGUCGCCGAGUACUUGGACUUCUACAUCAUGGAAACCAUGCUCAAAGGCGUCGUAUACAGCGUCAAGCUGAAGCUUGAAUUCGCCGUCCUCGGUAAACUCAUUCACCUGGUUCACAACCACGUCUGGAAACCAGAAUCUUUCUCUGCGCCACUCGACCUCCCGGAUUUCGUCGACGCAACCCGUGUGACCUCCGACGUGACCCAUGCCACCCAUAGCGCCAUCCAACGCAGACCGUCCCGGAUGGAUGCCGACGACAUCUCUAUCGCCAUGUUCGAGCAUCUACCGCCCGACCGCAUACGAACUAAUUCCGAUCUCUCCAACUCGUGGAGCAACGAGGGCCGCGCCUAUCAUGUGGAUCAUCUCCCCAUCGACUUCACCAAUCCUUUUGCCCAUUAUCCACGUUACCAAAGUCGGCGUGGAAUGCCUGAGAAACCAGGAUGA